AUGUCUGCAGACCCCAGCAACCACCCUCCCGGUCGUCGUCUCUUCCCCGUUGCCAUAGACGAAAUCGCCGAAAGUGACCCGACGAGAACGUGGGCUUCGAUUCCCUUGUCAUCCAACUUGUCCGAUGGAUAUAGGGAUGUCUCCUUUCGCAGUCUUGCCAACGCCAUCAACCGUGCGGCAUGGUUCAUCGAGACCACCUUUGGCCGCUCAGCCAACUCCCCCACUCUGGCGUACAUCGGCAAGUCUGACAUGAGGUAUCACAUUCUGGCCAUGGCAGCCGCCAAAACUGGCUAUCAGGUUCUGUUCUCGUCUCACAUUAAUAGCCUCGCAGCCCACUUGAAUCUACUUCAACUAUGCGAAUGUUAUCUGUUCUUAUCUGCAAAAGGGGUCGGCGUCGCAGAUAUAUUGGCCGCUCGCCCAAUGAACCAUGCCAUCUGCCCCGAGUUGGAUGAGUUCCUUGACCCUUCUCCAGCAGUCAAGUAUCCCAUGCCCAAAACAUUUGACCAAGCGGCCCGAGAUACCUUUUUGAUCUUGCACAGUUCAGGCACCACCGGGCUCCCCAAGCCAAUACGCAUCACACAUGCUCAAAUGGCUGCCAACGACCAGAUCACCCAGCUGCCUGAGGAGUGUCAGUGUGGAGGCCCUGGUUUCCGUAGGCUCAGCCCCAUAAACGUCACAGCCGGGCGAGUUAUUGUGCCCUUUGCACCCUUCCAUGUCAUCAGCGUCAUAAUCCUGAUGUGUUUCACCGUCUUUGGCAAGACCACGUACGUCUUUGGUCCUUCGGAUCGGAGUAUGAACGCAACGGACUUGCUCGAUGCCAUCGAGUACGGUCAGGGCAACUGCAUCUUCUGCGCCCCAGCGGUACUGGAGAAGUACGCUUCUUCGGAAGCAGAUCUUGCCAGAUUAAGCCCGCUAUCCAGCAUUACCUAUGGCGGUGGUGUACUGUCGCCUCGAGCCGCAGCUGUCCUUACGGAUCACCUGAAGAGCACUAGACUUAUUCAAUUCUUUGGCGCCACGGAAAGCGGAUGGUGGUCUCUUUAUCAGCUCGGGGCCGAGGAUAGGGAGUAUAUAUCCAUCGAUGCAUGCCAUAUGGGCAUCGAGUGGCGUCCUGUCGCAGCUGACAGCGAAACUCAACCAUCAACAGACCGUGACACCACAACACUGUACGAGCCAGUCAUCGUUCGUUUCGAGGACCCUGUCGCGGCGUCCUGUCAGACCAUCUUUCAAACCUUCCCGGACCUCCACGAGUACGCGACGGGCGAUCUCUUCGCCCCUCAUCCGACUCGACCCAAUACAUGGAAAUUCGCGGGUCGGGUGGAUGACUUGAUCCUCUUCGGCCACGGCAUCAUAUUCCACCCGGCCGGGGUGGAGGCCAAAAUUCAGCACAGCCACGACUGGGUCCAGGAGGUGCUGCUGUGGGGAGACAGGCACCAGCAGGCGGUCGCGCUGAUUGAGCUCACGGACGAGGGUUUGAGGACUAUGGGCCGCGGGGGCCCGGAUGCGGCACAGCUGCGCCAUGAGAUAGACCUCCUGAUCGACCAGGUCAACGUUGACGCGCCACUGAUCGCCAAGCUCGCCAAAACCCAUGUCAUCUUCGUGACGAGCGAGAAGCCUCUCCCGCGCACGUCAAAAGGCAGUGUGCGCCGGAAGGAGGCGGCUCGAGUCUACCAGGCCGAGAUUGACCAGGUGUAUCGAGACCACGGGGACCAGAUGAUGGGGAGCAUGAUGUCGAGGGUGCACUAA